GAGAAGUUAGUGUUUUCAAAAUGUUUAAAUUAAGUUAGUUUAUUUUUGAAACAUUUUUAUUUAAAACCCUUUUUUGAACCCGAGUGCAAUUUGGCCAUUACCUGUUUUUUCUGACUGCAGUUCGACAGUUACAUUUUUUUUAAACCCAAGUGUAAUUUGACUAUUUCAUUUAGGUAACAAGUGAAAUCCGACUGUCCCGACUUCAAUUAGGUACCCAGAAUAAAAUAUUUUUGAAGAAAAAACUGCAGAGUAUUUCUCUAACACUUUUAAGAAAAUUAAUUAAGAUAUUGGAAUUGUUUUAAAAAGUUUACUUAAUUUGUUUAUGUAGCGUUGGUAUAAUAGCCCAUGUAUAAGAAUGCGCGCGUCAUGGGUAAAAACCUACUAAAUCAAUCAAAUUUCAUCUAAGGUUGACAUUUUAUACGAAAUUUCGAUGUAAUGUUCAAACAAAAACCUAGUGAAUCGUGUAGUCUGGCAUAUUUUUUAAGGUCCUGGUAACAUUUUUACUUGUGCCUUACAAUAACAACGACGUAAAAAAAACCUUAGGUAGGUACUCCAUUUCUUGUUGAAGUGCAAAAAAAAAUUAUAUCAUUAAACAAUAUAUUAACAACCAUACGACUUGUUAUUCGUGGCAAAUAUAUAACUAGGUAGGCAAUAUUGUACUGUACGUCUGUACACUAUAUUAAUGUUGUAAUUUAUAUUUAUAACUGUAUUACCAGCUAUACCUAAUUGAACAUACAUAAUAUUACAGAGACACAGAGUACAUAUUAUUAUAAAUAAUAUAAGUAUUAAUAUUUAAUAUAUCUCAACGACGUACAAUCACCUGUUCAAAUUUGUACUCAUAUCCACGUCUUCUGGAGACGAAUACGAGAGAAUUUGCUUAUUGAAAUAAUUAUCAGCGUAUACAUUAUGACGAGUACCUCGUCGCUAUUAUUAGACAGUUUGCGUUUCAGAUCCAAAACCCGUGGGUAUAUAGAGCCGCGUGCAGUCGUCGACCGCAACAACUGCGUUAAGAAAGAAUAAUCAAGCGAAAAAAUGGGCGUGAAGCGGAAGGAAGACGGAUCGGCGGUGGAAGCGGAUGUGGCCCCUGCCGAAGACGAUGGAAUUGAACUGAAACCCAAAAUGAGCCUUUUGAAUGGCGUCACCGUCAUCGUGGGCAGCAUCAUCGGGUCCGGUAUAUUCAUAUCGCCGACGGGAGUGUUGGAAAAUACCGGAUCGGUGAACGCUUCGCUGGUCGUCUGGGUUUUGUCCGGAGUAUUUUCUAUGGUCGGCGCCUACUGUUACGCGGAAUUAGGAUGUAUGAUAUCCAAAUCCGGAGCUGACUACGCGUACAUCAUGGAGACGUUUGGCCCGUUUAUAGCUUUCAUGCGACUGUGGGUGGAGUGCAUGAUCGUUCGACCGUGUUCACAAGCCAUAGUCGCCCUCACGUUUAGCCUGUACGUGCUGAAGCCCAUGUACACCGACUGCGAUCCGCCCGAAGAGUCGACACGACUGCUGGCCGCUUGUUGCAUAGUGUUAUUGACGUUUAUCAACUGCUGGGACGUUAAGUGGGCAACACGCGUGCAAGACAUUUUCACGUAUGCCAAGUUGUUGGCUCUCAUGGUCAUUAUUACCACGGGAGUUUACCAGUUAUACGCAGGGCAUACUGAACAUUUUACGUUUGUAAAUACAAAAACCGAAGUUACCUCGAUCGCUCUCUCGUUUUAUUCUGGCCUUUUCGCGUAUAACGGAUGGAAUUAUUUAAACUUUGUGAUUGAAGAAUUAAAAGAUCCUAUACGGAACCUGCCAAGAGCGAUUGCAAUAUCAUGCAUACUCGUCACCGUCGUGUAUGUCUUCACUAAUAUAGCUUUUUAUACAACUUUGUCGCCACAAGAAGUCCUGACUUCGGAAGCUGUAGCUGUUACGUUCGCGGACAGACUGUACGGUCCAAUGGCAUGGACUAUUCCCGUGUUUGUUGCUUUAUCUACAUUUGGGGCUGUCAACGGUAUUUUACUGACAAGUUCAAGAUUGUUUUACGCCGGGGCUUGUGAGGGACAAAUGCCACAGAUCCUGACAAUGAUCCAAAUCAAUCGUCUGACACCCACACCGGCUGUCAUAUGCAUUUGCUUGCUGUCUCUGAUAUACUUGCAAAUAUCUAACAUUUACGCUCUUAUUAAUUACGUGGGAUUCGCGACAUGGUUGAGCAUUGGUGUGUCGGUUUUGUGCAUACCCGUACUGCGUUUCACUCAACCCGAUUUGGAGAGGCCGAUCAAGGUGAAUAUGUUCUUCCCGGUCGUGUACAUCGGCGCUACGCUUUUCGUGACUAUAAUACCGAUAAUCGCCAGUCCGGUCGAAACAGGGUACGGAUGUUUAAUGAUUUUGACCAGUAUACCGGUGUACGGUGUGUUCAUUUUUUGGAAAAACAAACCAAUGAUAUUCCACAAAAUCGUCGGUUGUUUAACACGUUACCUACAAAUACUCCUGAUGGUCACCACAUCAAAAACGCCGGCCAAAGUUUAAAACGGAAACACUUUAUCAUAAUCAUCACAACUAUACAACCGUUAACCAACAACAAUAUUAUUAUAAUAUCAAUAAUACCUAUAAUAAUUCCAAUAAUCAUAAUAAUAAUGUAAUGAUAUGUUAUGUGUGUUAUAAUAAUAUGUAUUUUAAAAGUAUACCUAAAACUAAACAGCAAUAUAAAAGACAAUGAGUUUUAUGUUACCUACUAACAUAACAUAAUAUGUUAAGUGCUAUUUAAAUCUUUUUUUAUGUUUUACAUAUUAAGUUUUUACACUGAUGUAACGUUACCUAAA